AUGUUACUCUGUGAAGCUUCUGCUGCGGCUGAUCCUGAGCCUGCAGGAAGGAUGAAGGAAUAUCUCAUAAACUGCACAGUACAGAGAGAAUUUCACCUCCUGGCAUUCUCCAUCUCUGCAGACCUUCAGCUUCUUCUCUUCACUGGGAUCCUGGUAAUGUAUUUACUUACAGUGCUGGGGAACCUGAUUAUCAUUGGUCUUAUAUAUCUGAACCCACAGCUCCACACUCCUAUGUACCAUUUCUUGUGUAACCUCUCAGUGCAGGACACCAUCUACGUCUCCAGUGUCCUUCCCAAAUUUCUGUCUAUCCUGGUAACGGGUGACACCAGAAUUGCCUUCCCAGCAUGCAUCACACAGAUGUUCUUUUUUAUAUUUUGCAUUGUGGCGGAGUUUUUACUCCUAACGUCUAUGGCCUAUGACCGCUAUGUUGCCAUCUGUAUCCCUCUGCGCUAUACAAUUAUUAUGAACAAAAGUCUGUGUGUUACCCUAUUUUCUGUCUCCUGGAUUGUUGGAUUUUUUGUUUCAGUAAUCUAUGCUGUGCUGAUUUCUAACUCAUCAUUCUGCAACUCCCAAGUAAUUAGUCAUUUCUACUGUGAUCUGAAAGCCAUGAUAGAGCAAUCUAGCAGCGAUAUCACCGGGAUUAAGAUUUUGCUGUCUAUGGGAUGUGCAUUCUUGGGAUUUACCCCCUUUGUGCUGAUAUUAAUUUCAUAUUCAUGUAUAAUUGCUACUAUUAUGAAGAUACGUAGCUCUGCGGGCAGAGUGAAGGCUUUCUCCAGCUGCUCGUCCCACCUCACCGUUGUAUUGCUACUCUGUGGGACAUCGCUCAUUUCUUACAUUGCCCCAGAGUCGCAGGUGUCCCGGGAACACGACAAAUUUCUCUCCUUGAUGUACAUAGCUUUGGCCCCGAUGCUAAACCCUCUAGUUUAUACUCUGAGAAACAAACAGGUUUUGAAAUCCAUGGACAAUAUUUUGAAAAAAUACUUGAAAUGUUAA